AUGGCUUUAGGGUGCAUGUUAGCUCAGCUCGAUGAUUUAGGGAAAGAGCGAGCCAUUUACUACCUGGGUAAGAGAAUGCUUGAGUAUGAGUGCAGAUACAUUAUGAUUGAGCGUCUCUGCUUGGCACUGGUUUGGGCCACUAAGAGACUGAGACACUGCAUGAUAGAGUACUCCAUACGCUUGGUAUCGCAAUUGGAUCAGUUGAGAUAUCUGUUUGACAGGCCUGUCACGCAGAAAUUAGUGAAGGGUAGCAUUGUCGCAGAUCACUUAGCUUCAUUACCGAUAUCCGAUGAUAGGCCGAUUGGUGAUGAUUUCCCUGAUGAACAGUUUGUUUCGGUUGCCAGUAUUGCAGGAUGGUGUUUGUACUUUGAUGGUGCCGUCAAUCAGUCGGGAUUUGGCAUUGGCAUCUUGUUAAUAUCACCCCAGGGUGAUCAUAUCCCCAGGUCUGUUCGAUUAGCAUUUUUCGAUCAUCACCGGUUGACGAAUAAUGUUGUGAAAUAUGAGGCAUGCAUCACAGGUCUAGAGACCGCACUUGAUCUUGGGGUCAGACAGUUGAAGAUUCAUGACGAUUCCAACUUGGUUAUACAGCAAACUCAGGGUAUUUGGAGGACUCGAGAUGAAAAGCUGAAACCUUACCAUGCUUACUUGGACUUGUUGAUUGAUAGAUUUGAUGAGUUGAGGUAUAUACAUUUGCCUAGGGCAGAGAAUCAGUUCGCUUAUACGUUAGCCACCUUGGCUUCUAUGAUUGAGAUUUCUGCAAGGAUGACUAUGUAA